GCAAGAAGUAGUCGGUUUAAUUGAACAGCAACUCAAGCAACUGCAUUACGUUAGUGUGCCACGAGAGCUAGGCGACUUCGGACCAAGUGUUUUGUUGAGAUUGUGAGGCUUCUUCCUCUCUGCUGUGACAAACUAUUGAGAACCGGCUGCGGAGCACGUUGUUUUCCUUCUUUAAACAAACUGAGUUAGUGUUGUGCGUUCCGGCUAAACUAGGUGAAUUGAUUGUAAUCAGUGGAUUCUAAGAUGGCUGCUGUUACCGAAGUUGGUGGAAUCAAGCUCGGCAAGUUGCUGAUCGAGGGCAAGACCAAGCAGGUGUACGACGUCCCGUCGAUGCCGGGGCACUCGAUCCUGUUGAACAAAGAUCGCAUUACGGCGCACAAUGGCGUUCGGUCGCAUGACCUUGAAGGAAAGGCACUGAUUUCCAACCAAACCAACGCCAAGGUGUUUGGUCUGUUGAAUCAGGCCGGUGUGAAGACGGCCUUCGUUCGGAUGGUGUCGGAUAAUGCGUUCUUGGCACGUAAGUGCGAUAUGGUCCCCAUCGAGUGGGUCACCAGAAGGUUGGCCACAGGUUCCUACCUCAAGAGAAAUCUCGGCGUGAAGGAGGGAUUCCGUUUCUCGCCACCCAAGCAGGAGACUUUCUAUAAGGAUGAUGCCAACGAUGACCCCCAGUGGAGCGAGGAGCAGAUUGUGUCCACUGGGUUCAAGGUCAAUGGAGUGUUGAUCGGCCAAGACGAGGUGGACAUCAUGCGCCAAACGACGAUCCUGGUGUUCGAGAUCCUGGAGCGUGCCUGGGCCACCCGGAACUGUGCCCUGAUCGACAUGAAGAUCGAGUUCGGUGUCGACGCCGACGGUCAACUGCUGGUGGCGGACGUCAUCGAUUCGGACUCGUGGCGUCUGUGGCCAUCCGGAGACAAGCGGCUCAUGGUGGACAAACAGGUCUACCGCAAUCUGGCAUCGGUCACCGCAUCUGAUCUGGACACGGUCAAGCGCAACUUCAUGUGGGUCAGCGAACAGUUGGACAACAUUCUGCCGAAGAACGAUCACCUGGUGGUGGUGCUGAUGGGAAGUCCCUCGGACAAGGAUCACUGCGAGAAGAUUGCCAAGCACUGUCACGAAUUAGGGUUGAACGUCGAACUUCGGGUGACUUCGGCCCACAAGGGAACCAAAACCACGCUGCACAUCGUCAACGAGUACGAAAGCGUCCUGAGCAACUUGGUGUUUAUUACCGUAGCAGGACGUUCCAACGGACUGGGCCCGGUCCUGUCCGGCAAUACCAACUAUCCGGUGAUCAACUGCCCACCGGUGAAGCCGGAAAACAUCAACUUGGACGUGUGGUCCAGCUUGAAUCUUCCAUCCGGGCUGGGAUGCGCUACCGUCCUCUACCCGGAGGCGGCGGCCCUGAAUGCGGCACAGAUUCUCGGUUUGAACAACUUUUUGAUUUGGUCCAAGCUGCGCGUCAAGCAGGUCAACAACUUCACCAGCCUGAUCUACGCCGACAAGGGCUUCCGCGGGGUCAGGAAGAAUGAAUAAGCGGUGCAUGACAGAAGCUGGCUAUUUUUUAAGAUGUUAGCAUGUUCCAUUGACUAGAGUGUAAGGAUUAUUUGUUGACGAUGUAGAGUACA